UUAAAUGAAUUAUAAAAAUGAAGUGCCACAGAACGUGCCUUUUAGUAAUAUUGUUUUUCUUCGCCUGUAGCCAAAGAUUGGCGGUGGCUACUGAAGAUGAAGACAGUUGGAUUGAUCCAGAUGCUUGGGGACGGGAGGAACAUCUACAAAAUCCCAACCGAAACACAAAUAGUGUGCAAACCCUUGAUACCGAGUCAAAUUCCCAUUGUAACAGGAAUAAUGCCGACAGUCCUGGUGAAGAUGCUGUUGCUUUGGUGUAUUAUAAAAAGCUCAUUGCGCAUUUGUUUAAUAGUAACUCUUUUAAGUAUAAUGAUUUAAACGGAGAAUAUACCCGUGCUCUCAUCUUUACCGUUUUGCCAGUCCAAUUAGAACAACUAAAAAAACUAAAUGAUCCUCGAGAUUUAGAUGCAGUUGUAACAGAAAUUCUUUCUAAAGCGAAAAGUCCCACUGAAGCUGAUUACUAUUCUCAACAAAACAGUAAAAAGAAAAUAGGCAUUCCUGGCCUUAUUUGGGACAUCAUCAAGGACUUUUUCCAGUUACUAAAACACUCCGAGGUACAAUUUUUGCUUGGGACAAUUAGUAUUCUACUGAUUGGGUGGUACUGGCAUCGGAAAUAUAAAAUCAGCAUCUUUGUUUUGAUUAUAGGCGCUGUGUUGUGUUUUGGUUAUUUCCAUACAUACAUAGAAUGUAAUCGGAAAAUAGAAGCGGAACGUUUAUUGGAAGUGCUUGCACAUCAAGAGCAGUUAAAUACUGAGCCAAGGUGGUACACCCCAAUCGUCAAUCUAUUUUCUUCUAGUGAACAAGAUUCGAAGCGAGCGAAAUUUGAAUAUUUAAAAAAAGCCAGUCGCAUAAAUCUGAACUUUUGCCGUCCGGAUCAUGUUUUUCUAUUGUAUGCCAAUGAUUUGUUCUUGAAGCAGCUAACGUUUUUGAUAGACGAGACCACUGAAGCAAUCCAAACACUUAGAAGCAACCUAAGCUUUCCCUUCAAUUACCUCGCCGUUGUACUUUUGGUAAUGCUAAUUGGGUACAUUGUAAAGUAUACUUUUAAAUACAUAUUAAGUCCACGUGCUUGGGCAGACAUUUGGUAUGCACACCAGAGUGGUCAUAAUGCGCCUCAACAUGACGCUCUUUCGGGUAGAACAGGUACGACACAUCGUGAAGAUUGUUUAUCAGGAGAAAAUUUAAGUAUGCUUUUGAAUGCCAUUAGCGGUGGCAGCACGUCGUCGGCGCAAAUUACGAUUACCCAUACAACAACUGCAGCGGCUUUGACGCAAGCAAAAGGGGUGCCAUCUGGCGUACAAGAAAUACUGACACCAAUAGACAACGAUGGUGCUGAUACAGAAUGCGACACUUCUAUGUCUGAGCCUUCAGAGUCGGAGUCGAAGCUGAGUGUUCCACAGGAGGAAUUGAAAGACAGCGAAAAUAAAAGCGAUAACAAAAAUGAAGCUUCAAAAGAGUACCUUGUCCCCGCAAUAAAUGAUUGUAAAUAAUUUAAACGAAAUCUAUAAAGGAUUGUAUGAAUCCGAAUACGUGGCAAGGACUUAAUUUUAAUAUAAAUGGACACAAAAUAAGCGUUUUUUGUCAUGAAAUACUAUCCCAAAAAUGCUUGGAUGAUAACAUUAAAAAUUUUCACUAUUACGCUCCACCACCAAUUUGUAAAGCGAAACUGUUCAAUAUGAAUUAAUACUAUUUAAGAAAGCAAAGUAUGAUAUUAAAAUUUAUAACAUGAAAUUUCUCUAACUAAGUAUGAAACAAUGUGAUAUCGAUAAAACACUACUUUUAAAAUGCAUUUUUUAAUUCUCAAAAUGUUUUAAACUGUUAAAAUUUUGCUGAAAAUUUGUAAUUGCAUCAAAGGAUGUAUAUCGUAAUAUGAUGAUUGCAGAAAGCGGUGCAAAUAAAAGUAUCUCGCUGUAGAUAAGUAUGUAACAAGUAGCUGAGGGCAACAACGAAAUAACAAAUACAAUGAACUUUUAAUUCGAUUAUUAGGUUUUUAUUUCAACUAUUAUUUUUAAAUUUGUUUGCCACAAUAUUAUUAUAAUGUAUUUGUGUAUUUAUUUAUUUGUAUUCAUGUAAACGUAUGCCUAGUAUCUGUAUGUACUAUAAUUAUGCAUGUAUAUUUGCCUCAAGUACAAUACAUAUCAUUUCCUAUAACUGUUUCCCAGCAUCCUCAACAAAUGGAUAUAUGUAUAUUUUGUAUAAGGUUUGUUACACAUUUGUUACAAAUAAGUUAUGCUUAUUUAUUGGUUUGAGUACUUAAAUUCAUUCAUUUCAAAUAUGCAGUUAAUUAUACGUUUUUCAUAUUAAACUUUAUACAGCAGAUUUAAAAAAAAAUAUAGGUAGGUAUAUUCUGUGAAUGUGCUUGUAUUAUUUGUAAAUUCAUAUGCUAAAUCGUACAAGAAUUCCUUUAUACAUUUGAAACAUUUACAUAUUAAUAGUAGAUAUAGAAUAAAAAUUAUGAACUGCAAGCUAUGCAAAUAUCAAAGCUGAAAUCAAAUAUAAUUAAUGAAUUAUUUAACAUUUAAUGCAUACAUACACGUAUGUUAUGAAUGCAUUUUUUAUUCUUAUAUUACAUUGUUUUGUAUUUAUAUGUGUGUAUGCAUUUUUUUUGGCGCUUUUAAUUUUGCCUACUUUCGCGACGAAAAACUACAAUAGCACGCUUCUAUAUACAUAUAUAUAUAUAUACAAUUGUAUAUUUAUUUUAUAUUCGGCCAAAUUAAUAUUCUAU